AACUCCUCAGUCCUCGGUAGAAAACAGAGACUCUCUACGCUCCUCUUCCCUCCCUUCCACCAAAAAACUCCAUGGCUUCACCAACACUCCUAACCCCAACCUCCAGACUCAAACCCCUCUCUCCCAUCAAACCCAAACCCACUCCCACCACCGCACUCCCACCACCGACACCACCACAGCAACAAAUCCGAAACCACCUUCUCCGCCGCCACUUCUUGUCCUUGGCAACCGCCGUUCUGACUUCCCCACUGAUCCUACCAGUCACUCCAGCUUUUGCAGCAUCGGAUGAAGAGUACGUGAAAGACACAGAAGAAGUGAUCGACAAGGUCAGGACCACCAUGAACAUGGACAAGAGCGAUCCUAACGUGGCCGAUGCAGUUGCUGUUCUAAGAGAAACUUCCAACUCUUGGGUGGCUAAGUAUAGAAGAGAGAAAGCUUUACUCGGCCGUGCUUCUUUUCGUGAUAUUUACUCGGCUUUGAAUGCUGUUACGGGGCAUUACAUCAGCUUUGGGCCGACAGCUCCCAUCCCAUCUAAGAGAAAGGCCAGAAUUCUCGAAGAGAUGGACACUGCAGAGAAAGCAUUGUUAAGGGGCAGAUAAAUUAAUUUAGAUUUUGCUUUUUGGGUUUUUAUUCAACUUCUAUCUGAAUUUUAAUUACUUUAUAUUUGUCUGAGAUCACAUAACGAGAGCAAAGAUUCGUCA